UCAUUCCCUUUAUUUAAGCUCCGAGGGGCCGCCGUUUGCACUGAUUUCAGAAAAGCAAAGGUGCGUUGUUACGCAUGACGCGCAAACGGAGAAGGGCUCUAGCAUUUCUACUCGCUGUUGACGCCACGGGGAAGGAGUGUCAUUGAGUCAUUAGAUCAUGAAAAGCGGGUGUGUGCAAGUUCAACUCAUUUUGUACAAGGUGGAUCAUAGGCUUAUCAUGCAGAAACGGCGACUAGGGCGGUUGACAAGACGCUUGGUGGAUCCAUCGGUUAUUGGAGGGCAAGUUUUUGUCAUUAUUCUCGCAAUAGGCCACCGACACGUUACGUUUGUGCCACCGUUAUAACUCAAAACCAAUCAAGAGUGAUCAAAUGGGUUCAAUUUUCAACAAAUCACAGAUGAGCAAAAAUUUCAAACUUCUCCCGUAUGGUCAGACCCUGCUGUAUUGUCUUGUAACUGUGUCAUUUGGACUUCUGCUUGUCAUGACGAUGUGGUCAUUCAUUUAUGGAGACAUAAAAGGCGACGGGCCUCUUCCCAGGCCUGCCCAGCAACAGCAGCAGAGGUUAGCAGACACGUCUGACAUGGGUCUCAACAGAACACAAACGCUCCAAAUCCCAGAGGACUUGGGCUUCAGCACGGAGGAGUGGGGCCAGAUUCAGAGGGCGCUCCACUGGGGUGAGCCUGACCGACAGAUUACCACCGCUACCAUGAGCACCAGUCCAGAACAUUCCACCUUUGUUAUUGAUGACUUCAAGAACAGUUACUACGUAGGAGAGGAACUCCGUGCCACCAUUGUCGCCAAGGACUGUACCGGAAGCCCGAAGCGCUAUGGAGGGGAUUUCUUUCAAGCAAAGGUUUAUUCAGACGCAUUAAAGGCUAGUGUGUUUGGAGAGGUAUUGGACCAUCAGAAUGGUACCUACUCGGCCCGGUUCACUCUGCCAUGGGCAGGCCAGGCAUUGGUCGCAGUCCGCCUGGUUCACUCCAGCGAGGGCGUGCAGGUCCUCAGGCGACAUCGGGACACGGACCCCGACCGUCUCGACUACAACGGCGUCUUCGUGGGUAAGGACCCUCAGGGUGCUCAAGUGGAGGAGACGGUGGUGUGCAACGUGAAGUGGGAGGGGGUGGUGCUGGCAGGAGAGGGGGACUGCUGCUGUGAGUACCAGGAUGUUCGCACGGGGCUGACGUGGCAGUGCCGUGAACCCCAAACUCUGCCGUGCGAUGCCCUGGUGCACCACUCCAUGGCGGGCUGGUACAAGACUCACAUGACUGCCAUCGAGCAGGCACUCAUGAACGGACGUUUUGUCAACCGCUCACUCAAGGGUGAUUCACGCCGGAUUAGAGUCGUUGCCUCUAAUGCAACUAUUGGAGUGAGAGGAUCAUGCAAACCUGGAAUGCCCACGCCGAUACCAGCAGGAUUCUACAUGAAUGAUGUGUGGACAUCAUUUGUGUGUGCCACUCGUCAUUUUUCAGUGCAGGACAGCACUCAGUGUCUGAGGAACAAGCACAUCUACAUAAUGGGUGACUCCACCAGCAGACAGUGGUUUGAACACCUUCUCAAGGCCGUGCCCACUCUGAAGCGUAUGAACCUCCACACGGAGCACCACAACGGGCCCCACACAGCCGUGGACCUGCAGAACAACAUCGACCUGCACUACCGCUCGCACGGCCUCCCCCGGCGCAGCCCCAAGGGCCCCAUCACGGCCAUGCACUACAUCAGCAACGAGAUCCACGACAUGGCUGGUGGACCCAACACAGUUUUCAUCUUCAACGUAUGGGCGCACUUCACCCACUUCCGACUCUCCUUCUUUGCCCACCGGGUGUCCCAGAUCCGCCGUGCGGUCCUGGCGCUGUUGAAACGUGCGCCAGAAACCAAGGUCAUCAUCAAGACCGCCAACACAGGGCCCAAGGAUAUUCAUCGCAGUGACUGGCUCGCUAUGCAACUGGAUCAAAUCCUGCGAGAAGCAUUUCGCAACGUGAACGUUUACAUCCUGGAUGUGUGGCAGAUGACUGCCUGUCAUUAUAACGUAGAGGAGCUCCAUCCUGCUCCAGUGAUCCUGAAAAACCAAAUUGACAUUCUUCUCUCCUUCAUCUGCCCCACGUAAGGAGACAGGCCCUCUCCACUCAGCUCUCCUCUCUCCAUUGGUCCUGAUCAUGUUCAGACUGGGAAAUUGAUCAAAUUCCAUGACUUUCCAUGUCUGGAAUAGACUUUAUUGGCUACCUUCAAAUGCAGCAAUAAGGAAAAGGAAAUUAUUUUUUUGUAAUUUGUUCUUUACUUUAUUCCUCUGCAUAUUUACACAUUUACACAGAUUUAUAAUUGUUGUGUCACUCUAGCAUACGCAUGUAAGUGAAACGCAUGUUGAUUAAUUGUUAUUUAAAUGAUAUUUAAAAACAGGCAUUUGUGUAGAUAUAUGUUUUGCACAUUAAAUAAAAGGAUCAUAAUUGAUUUAA